GGAAUUACGUUAUACCAAAUCACUCGUCAAGCAUAAAUUUUGUAUCCUAGCAUUGAAUGCUCAAUUACAUGCCACUCCUUCUAUCUUUUUCUCUCACUCUCUUUCUCUCUCCCACCAAUAUCAAUAGAUCAGCAAUGCCGCUACUCACUCUCAGAUAAAACUGCAAAUUCUUGUGUGUGAGAGAAUCAUGAACGAAGAAGAGACCAAGGGUUCUGCUUUUUUGGGCACCAACACCGCUUAUUCAGGUUUUCUUCUUGACCCUGCAAAAUGGGGUGUGCUGAGUUUGCCGGAAAAGCAAAGACUAGUCCAUGAGAUUGCACGACAGUCAAAAGAUGCCUCUACUAUGCUUCAGACAUUUACACGCAGGGAACUUCUAGAAAUAAUCUGUGCUGAAUUAGGCAAAGAGAGGAAGUAUACAGGCUAUACCAAGAGUCAAAUGAUAGAACAUCUUUUGAAGAUAAUUUCUAAGAACUCGAACUUGCACGUAACCGGAAAUAUGCCAGCUCCUACCAGAAGUUGCAUUGGAUCUAAAAGGAAAAAGAAACCUGCAUCUGAGGAUUUACACCAUGCUCCUCUAGAGAACAUUAAAGAGGAAGUAGUGAAAACCUUUUUGUGUCAAAAUGUCGCAUGCAAAGCUACAUUGAAUCCAGACGACUCUUUUUGCAAGAGAUGUUCUUGUUGCAUAUGUCAUUGCUAUGAUGAUAACAAGGAUCCAAGUUUGUGGUUGACUUGCAGCUCUGAUCUUCCCAAUGAGGAGUCAUGUGGAAUGUCCUGUCAUUUGCAAUGUGCUUUGAGUAGUCAAAUGUCUGGCAAUUUGAAGGGUAGUUGUGGUAUUAAGUUAGAUGGAGCCUUCUGUUGUGUUUCUUGUGGAAAAAGUAAUGAACUGAUGAAGACAUGGAGAAAGCAAUUAUUGGUUGCCAAAGAAGCAAGAAGAAUGGAUAUACUGUCUUUGCGAAUAUCCCUGGCUCACAGAAUUCUUGUAGGAACAGAAAUGUACAAGGAACUGCAAAAGAUUGUAGAAACUGCUCUCAAAUUACUGGAGAAUGAAGUGGGAUCACUCGAUCAUGUAUAUGCGAGGAUGACUCGUGGAAUUGUAAGCCGGCUUUCAUGUGGUGCUGAGGUUCAGAGAUUGUGCUCAGCUGCAAUUGAAUGUUUUGAUUCAAAGUUUUCUGACCUUUUCUCUGUUUCUGUGGAAAAGAAAGAUGCACCAACAUGUUCAAUUCGUUUUGAAGAGUGUCUUCCUACUUCAGUGGUUAUCGUGCUGGAGUACAAUGACAAACUUUUAAAGAACUUUCUAGGCUGCAGGCUUUGGCACAGAGUAUCAACUACAGACUACCCUGAACAACCCACCUUCAUCGUCUUGAGGCCGGAGAAAAGAUUCAAGUUAGAAAACCUGCACCCUUCAACUGAGUACUUUUGCAAGGCUUCUCUGUUCAGCAGCACAGGGAUUUUGGGUGCUGCAGAGGCUAAAUGGGUGACCCAGUGUGAGCCCACCAAUUCUGCAAAAGGAAUAAGUUGUGGGGGAAAUCGUUUUAGAGUGGAAAUGUGUGGUCAGGAUCAUAUAACUGCCGAAACUCAUCAUCCCACAGAGUCUGCCAACUCCGACAUGAAGUUAUCAUCUCGACAACAACCUGGGAAACCCAUGAGUUUGAACAUCAGAGGAAGGUUUGAAGAGUUCCUGUCGAAGCCUCAGUGUUUAGAGCCUUUUGCAUAUAAAAAUUUUGCUGCUGCAGUUUCACCUUCGACACCUUGUAAAUCCUACGAGAUGAGGCAAAUUCCUGGUUUGAAUGGUAGAAAGCGGUCGAAGGAAAAUGACUACGAGUAUUCGGUGAGGGUGGUGAAAUGGUUGGAGCAUCUAGGGCACAUAGAUGAAAUCUUCAGAGUGAGAUUUCUGACUUGGUUCAGCCUUAAGGCUACUCAACAGGAGAGAAGGGUGGUUAGUGCUUUUGUUGAUGCAUUGAUCGACGACCCAGCAAGCUUAGCAGACCAGCUCAUACACACUUUCAGCGAUGAAAUAUGUUGCGAGCAAAAACCCUUGUGAGGAUGGAUGCCUUCUACAACACUAAAUACUUGUUUUUCUGACUCCACCCAUAGAAACUUUGUAACACUUUGUGGGAGUUACAGGGACAGUCCAUGGAUAUCACGUUUUUUCAACUCUUCAUUUCUUCUUCCUUCA